AUGGCGGGGGUGAUAAACAUGGCGGCGGUGACGCGGCCUGCGGAGGUGGAUAACAACCUGUCGCUGCGAGUGUACCUGCGACUGGCCAAGAACUUGCAGCACCUGGCUGACGUGUACCGCUGCGAGGGCAACAAGCUACAGCUCUACGUGCUCCUCAUCCGAUUCAUCAGCCUGGCGACAACCACUAUACCGCAGCACAAGGAGUACCGCAGCCAAUCGCACCUGCUCGCCCUCACCAGCCUCAAACGGCAAGCCCUGGCAGCACUGGACGAGUGCGAGCAGCUGAAGCCAGCAGUGGCACGCCUCAACGGCACGAGCCUGUUCUCCUUCGAGGAGGAUUACCCACCGGAGGAGGACGGUGUUGUCCCCGUCUACUUCCCCACCUCCCCGCCCCGCCGCCCCUCCUCCCUCGCCUCCUUCUCCUCCUUCUCCUCCGCCUCUCCCCUCUCCUCCACCACUUUCAUCUCGUCUCUCUCCCCUUUCCAGGACUCCUCCUCAUAUUCCUUCUCCUCCUCUUCAACUGCCCCAUCCUUGUUCACGUCUCGUGCCAGUUGGCCGGGAUAUGGGCCUAGCAGCAUGGACACCGGUGCUGGUUCUGGUGGAGUGGUCGCAGUGGACAGUAACAGUGGUUUCUACAGCUAUGGGAGCAAUGGGAGCAACGGAUAUAGUGCUGAUCUUGGUGGUGGCUAUAACGGUGGUGGCUACAGCGGUAGCAGCAGCAGUAGCAGCAGCAGCAGCAACGGUAGUGCUGUGUUGGCCGGGAUUGGAGCGACAGGGGCGCUUAGCUUGGGAAUGGAUCUAGACGUCUGGGCCCAGUCUCUGACGCAGCCCCAGCAGGGGCAGGAAGCAGCCCUAUCUCUCGCCAUUCCCAGCACCACUUCCUCGUGGUCCAACCCGGCUGCUUCAACAACCUUGUUGGAGCAACAACAACACCCUCAGCAGCAACAGCAGCAGCAGCAGCCGUUUUAUUAUCAGCAACAGCCGCAGCAGCAGCAACAGCAGCAGUGGUAUCAGCCCCAGAACAGCAACAGCAUGGAUCUGCUGUCCGGAAUAGGCUCUCUCUCUCUAACCACUGUUGCUCUGCCUGCCAUAGCGUCUGCUGCCACUGUCGCAACCUCCAUAGCUCGCCCUCUUACAUCAUCUUACUCCUUCUCUCUCCCCCAGCCGCGGAGUGAGGCCCUGUCUCGCCACUCCCUCGUUUCCUUCCCGUCCUCUGCGCCUCGCCAACGAGCCUUGGCUCCUGUCCAGGUGUCAUAUCCCACCAAGAUUGACUCGUCUCCUAUAGAACUUCCAGAUCUGCUAUCAUGGCCGGAGAAACCAAAGCCUCAGCAGCAGCAACACCAGCAGCGAGAUGCAGCAUCAACAGCAUCAGCCAACCGAAACACCCUUGACAAUUCUUUUCAUGACUCUGUAGAAACAGAGAGAGAUCUUAGAGCCGACUCCACAGUCACAGGAGAAGCAUCAGCGUCACCAUCAACAAUCGGACCGACAGAGCCAGCAGCAGCUUCAGGUGCUGUGUCAGGUUCUGGUUCAGGUGCCGGUUCAGGGGCAGGAGGAGCAGCAGCGCCAGCUCCUGCUGGAAACGACCCUGCAGCUAUUCAACCACCUUCUACUCCUGCUGCGGCUGCUGCUGCAGCCGUGACAUCUAGUGCAGCAGCAGCAGCGGCAGCAGCGGCAGCAGGUGGAGUAGGGGCAAGAGGGAGAGAAGCACAGUCGAAUGGAGGCACUGGGUUGCCAUCGCCACUGGUUCAGCCGGCUCCUCCUCCUGCCAACGCUCCCCUGCAGGAGGUUUCUCUGCCUGGUGUGGGCCGGCCCGAGCACUCCCACUCGCACUCGCACUCGCAGCAGCACGAGCAGAAGAAGCAGAAUCAGCGGUUGCAGCAGCAGCACGAGCAGCAGCUGGUGGUGGGAGGGGCAGUGCCAGGGAGGAGUGGUGGUGGUGGUGGUGGUGGUGGUGUGAUCAAGGGCAGAAAGACGUCAGGGCCCAAGGGAGUGAAGGCCGUGCACAUUUCCACUCGGAUGAUGGAUGAGUUCAUGCGCGUGGUCUUGGACAACACGUCCCGCAACCUAGAGACGUGUGCCGUGCUCGCCGGCUCUCUGAAGAAGGGAAUGUUCUUUGUCACAGCGCUUAUCCUGCCUAAACAGCAUUCUACUUCUGAUUCGUGUUCCACGACCAACGAGGAGGAAAUCUUUGAGGCACAGGACAAGCUGGGCCUCUUCCAACUCGGCUGGAUACAUACCCACCCGACUCAAUCGUGCUUUAUGUCGUCCAUAGACGUGCACACACACUACUCCUAUCAGGUGAUGCUGCCAGAGGCCAUUGCCAUAGUCAUGGCCCCCAUGGACCCUAGACGCAAGUUUGGCAUAUUCCGCCUGACAGACCCGGCUGGGAUGAAGGUCAUUCAGAAGUGCCCUCUGCGCGGCUUCCACUCCCACGAGCCUACUAAGGAUGGAAGUCCCAUUUACACACACAGCUCGCAUGUGUUUUUCAACCCCAAGAUCAAGUUUGAUGUGGUGGAUCUUCGCUGA